AUGGACGAGGCCGACAAGGAUCCGAAACUUACUCCCCUCGUCCGGAGAUACAGCCUUCAAGUCUCCCGUGAAAACCCAAACGACACGUUGAGCGAAGCGCUUGGCACAACAGUUCGCAGAGAGGACGAGAGUGCCCAGGCCAUGGCAGAGCAGAUUCAUGAGUGGAGAGAUUGGCUCGUGCUGACCGAUUCACCGAGGGAUGAGGUACUUGUGCCCCUCGAAAGAAAACGCCAGGAGGUAGUAAGCCUGUGGGCGAAAUUUGGCCAUCUAUUUCCUGAUGAAUCAAUCUCUGCGGAAUCUCCGAGGCAUGUGCCUCAGAUCAGCCUACUGCUGCAGUCCGUCCAGCAAGCCGAGGCAGGGUGGUCUGCGGCGGAAGAUAAGAAGCGUUUUAAGAGGCGAUUCAAUAACUUCAUCAAACAUAUGGAUGAUCACUCCUACCUCUUCGAAGUUAUCCCUAGCGGAGAUAAAUACGUGAGCCUCAUCACAGGGGUAGUUUCCUCCGUCGUGAAGGCAUCCAUCAGUUAUCAAAAGAUUGCCGAAUGCUUUUCUCUUGCUUUGUCGGAGAUUAGCUCGGAUCUCAGGUCUGUGCGGAGAGAGCUGCCGCUCGCAGACACCGCAAGGACGAAACAACUGGUGGUUGAGCUCUACGUCGCCGUUUUCAGCCUCCUCUGCGAAGUUAUGUCCUGGUUCAAGUCGAAGAGAAAAAGACUUAAGGCCUCCCUCAGCAAGAGCUACUACGACAGCACUGCAUCGAGACUUGUCGACAACAUACGGUCGACAAUAAGCAGCAUCACGAAAGAGGCCGACUAUGUCCAAAAGCAAAGCAUACAAGAAAUGAAAGCAGACAUCAAAGAUAUCAAGGAGGCUAUAUCGAACCGUCAUUGCAUAGAGCUCCGGGUUCUGGGCAACGAUUGCAGGGAUGACGGGGCUCUGACCACUGAACAAAAGCUUAUCUGCAUCUUCGAGGGCCUCGGAAAGGCAUCCACCCGAACUUUGGCAUCUAUUGAAGAGCACCAUAAUCACGAUGAUGCCAUACGUAUCUUGCAGACACUCACCGAGGGGAAAACGGCAUCUGAUCCUCAGCUGACUACGACUGAGGAUGUGUCCCCAGAAAGCUCACACCUUUCAAUCGAAGAGGAAGAUAUAGCAUCCGGUGGUGUCUCAAUCAAAGACGAGCAAAGCACACGUCACGAUUUUGAAUUAUGCACCCAGGCCAUUGUUCCUUUCAUAGAAGAUGGCCGCGUAGAUAUCUCCAACGACUUUAGGGGCUUCUCGGCCCUUCUUCCAGAGGAAGCAAUUGUGGAGCUACGAGUCUGGAUCGCCAAUACACAGUCGAAGAUGGUCUGGUUGGAGGGCGCACCGGACACGGAAUAUGGCUGCACCUUGACUGUCGCAGCCCUGCAUCUCUGUGAGCUCACUAAGGGCCAGGGGCUCCCUUGUAUCUCGUAUUUUGGUAAGCGUCGCUACGCCACUGCUGCAGCAACAGGUCUAUCACACCCUGCGGCGGGCAUAAUCAGCUUUCUCUACAGCGUCAUCACGCAACUCACAUUCCUCCUCCCCCCGAGGUUCCCGGCAUCGGAGCUGCUAGACACGGACCAAUAUCAGCUUCUUGAUGGGACGUUGAACAGCAUUCCGACGGCAAUGAGUUUGAUAAACGGCCUACUUAAAUAUGCACCCCCAUCCUUGGUUUGGGUGCUGGAUGGCCUGGACUUCAUUGAGGACAAGAAUACUGUCUCCCCAUUGAAGGAGUUUGUUAAUAUUCUUCGGGAGCGAGAGAUCAGAACCAUGUCCAAAGUCUGCUUCACAACUGAGGGAAACAGCCUGGUACUGAUGAGGGCUUUGAGCCCUCGGCAGAGGGUCGAUGUGACAAGGAUGGCCCAGGGGCGCCCAUCACGUUUGAGACAUGGAUUCGAUGCCCUCUGA